AUGCUAGUGCCCUCUGAUUCUUGUACAGUCAUAGCUCCAUCUACCAUUGAAGUCCUCGACUCCCGCAUUCCGCACGACCAAUUCCCAGGACAACGCUUCGCGGUCAGCCGCGAGGGUGACGACCAGAAAACCAAAUCUGUGCUAACAUUUCGGCCUUUGACGAACGGCCAAACGACUUGUACUCUCGCGAUUGAGAUUCCAGCCAUGCCAGAAGGCCAGUAUGUCCAUGGUUCGACGACUAUGGAGAUUUGGGCUGUCGAUCGAUCGGAGACGCCAACAUGGGAUAACCAGCCCCACAAGGAUAAGACCGUUGGAAAAGCCAUAUUUCCCACGUGGGAAGUGCAGCAGGGCUGGCUGCAGCGCCUUAUGCCUCUUGACUGUGAAAAACAGAUGAGCUACAUGGUCGAGCUGAGUUAUCCUGAGGGCGAUGGGAAUGUGCUCUUUCGGAAUCAGCUAAUGGGGAAACCUGGGGCACCAGCAAUUGGCUGGAGAAUGCUUCAGGGUGGAUGUUAG